GUUUCAGGGUCACAUUGUACAUUUUCUCUAAUUAAUUGAAAGGACGUCAGGUGCAAUAUGGCUUUUAUUUAAAACCCAAUAAACUUCGACGACCGGACUUUAUAACCUCGACCAAAUUCCCGAACAGAAAACCCUAAUAUCCAAGAAAACAAAGAAAUAAACUAGCAAGGAUGUCUUACGACGAUGUGGAGAUUGAGGACAUGGAGUGGAACGAUGAGCUCCAAUCUUACACAUAUCCUUGUCCGUGCGGUGACUUGUUCCAGAUCACUAAGGAAGAACUGAAGAUAGGGGAAGAGAUCGCUCGAUGCCCUAGUUGUUCCCUUUAUAUCACCGUUAUAUAUAAUCUCGAAGAUUUCCUCGGAGAUUCCAAGAAACACGUCGAGCCCUCGAAACAACAGCCAGUUGCUGUCGCUUGAGAACAUCAAAUUUUCGAUUUUUCCUUUUCCGAUUAUCGGGAACAAUUUAUUUGCACCAGUUUCUAGAUGUGGUCACUUCAACAAUCUACCAGGUAACUAACCAAAUGGUUAGGCCUGAGGCUAAGUCCCAGUUCUAAUCAAGUACUUGGUACCUACUAUUCAAUCCCUUUAAUAACUUGAAGUUUGUAAUUUUUGUAUCCAUAUAAAAUUAAAGAAACAAACAGAGAGCAGUAUGCAGUAUUUUAUCAACCACAUGUAAUUUUUAUCAUAUUUGUUGAGGAAAUUUCAAAAAUAAAUAAGAUUAGAAAUAUAAUCAGACUACUUAGUUAUAGUUUGCUUAAUUACGAUUUGUAGCUGCAUGUUAGAAGGAGGAAAGAGAUAAGUGAGAGGGAGGAGGAGGAGAGAGGUGAGCAAGAGAGGGGGUAGAGAGAGGUACAUUGUAUUUGUAUAUUUGUUGGGUAAUUGUAUAUAUAUGUAACUAGUAGUAUAUGUAUCAAUGAAUACAAUUGCAUUAGCAAAUACAAUUUGUAUAAGCGAAUACAAUUGUAUCAAUGUUGUCCAAGUUCAAGUGUAUUAACGAAAUACAAUUUGUAU